CCUCCAACCAUGCCCACUUCACUUGUGCACGAUUUCUUCCUCCAUCUCCCGCCUCUCCAAGAGACCUUAGCUUGCAUCAGUCAAACAGUCGACAGUUCUUACGGCAAUGGACCCGUGGAUCGGGCAGCCUUCCCUGAGCCUGGACCUCAACGUCGGCCUGCCGACGGCGAGGAAGGUGCCGUCGCUGAAGCCGAAGGUCAUGGUCGAAGCGAACUUCUUGUCCGUGAAGAAAGAUCGAGAGGUUGAGGCGCUCGAAGCGGAGCUCCGGCGUAUGAGCGACGAGAACAAGAGGCUGAGCGAGAUGCUGCGCGCGGUGGUGGCCAAGUACACCGAGCUGCAGGGCCAGGCCAACGACAUGCUGGCCCCGGGCAACAACAGCGGCGCCGCUAACCGCCAGUCGUCGCCGUCGGAGGGCGGGUCGGCCGCCUCACCGUCCAGGAAGCGAAUCCGGAGCGACAGCCUCGACACCGCCGGCGGCAGCGACCGCCACCGCAAGCCCUCUCCGCCUUUCGCCAUCCCCGUUUCCGACCAGAUGGAUUGCACGUCGGCAGCCGCCGCCGCCGUCCACGAGCCGUGCAGGCGCAUCCGGGAGGAGUGCAAGCCCAAGGUCUCCCGGCGCUACGUCCACGCCGACCCCUCCGACCUCAGCCUCGUGGUGAAAGAUGGGUACCAAUGGCGGAAGUACGGGCAGAAGGUGACCAAGGACAACCCGUGCCCGCGCGCCUAUUUCCGGUGCUCGUUCGCGCCGGCGUGCCCGGUGAAGAAGAAGGUGCAGCGCAGCGCGGAGGACAAGACCAUACUGGUGGCCACGUACGAGGGAGAGCACAACCACGGGCAGCCGCUGCAGCACAACGUCAAGAGCGGAGGCGCUGCCGCCGCCGCGAAGCAGCCCCCGAAGAGCAACGCCGCCCGGGCGCUGUCACCACCGCAGCUGCAGCAGUGGCAAGAAGCUGCGACGGCGGUGGCGGGACCGUCGGAUGUUGCGAGGAAGAACCUGGCGGAGCAUAUGGCGGCGACGCUCACGAGGGACCCCGGGUUCAAGGCGGCGCUCGUCAGCGCGCUCUCCGGCCGCAUCCUUGAGGUCUCGCCUUCCAGGGAUUAACGCCGGCCUGAUUAAUCAAUUAGUCUGUAGCUAGCGAAUUCAUUCAGACAAUUAGCCAUGAUUAGCCCAAAUCAAAUGAUGUGAAUUAUUUGAGUUGCCUAAGCAUGCAUCAGUUGGUGUGCCGGCCAUUGCAGUUGCUUCUGGCUGGAUGAUGAAGAGAGCUCUAGGAGAUUAGGCCAGUGAGCCACCCUAGACACGGCCUGCAGGUCUUUGGAGUAAAAACUCCUGCCUCAGUUCACAAGCAA